GGUGCGGGUGAAGCCUCGGGCUGUGCACACAGAGGGAAAUAAAACGGAAUUUUUGCUUCUUUUCUCUUCAUACCUGCCGAUCAGUCACCUCCACUGUGGCGACAUGUCAAACUCAAACAAAAGCAAGAAGGACAAAGAAAUCCUCGCUGAGUACGAGAGUCAAGUCAAAGAUGUGCGGGCCCAGUUGGUGGAGCAGCAGCGCUGUCUGGAGCAGCAGACAGAGAUGCGGGUCCAGCUGCUUCAGGACCUGCAGGACUUCUUCAGGAAGAAGGCCGAGAUUGAAACGGAAUAUUCCAGAAAUCUCGAGAAGCUCGCCGAGAGGUUCAUGGCCAAAACACGCAGCACGAAAGACCACCAGCAAUACAAAAAGGAUCAGAACCUGCUCUCCCCAGUGAACUGCUGGUACCUGCUGCUAAACCAGGUGAGGAGGGAGAGUAAGGACCACGCCACCCUCAGUGACCUCUAUCUGAACAACGUGAUCACCCGUCUCACACACAUCAGCGAGGACUCGGCCCGCCUGCUGAAGAGGAGUAAGGAGAUCAUCUUUCAGCUUCAGGAAGACCUCAUGAAGCUUCUGAAUGAGCUUUACACCGUGAUGAAGACAUAUCACAUGUACCAUGCGGAGACCAUCAAUGCCGAAACCAAGCUGCGGGAGGCGGAGCGUCAGGAGGGUCGCGUGAAGGGCGUUUCUGGGACAGGCGGAGGGGUGGAGCCUGUGUUUGGCCUGCGGAUAGAGGAGCGCCACCAGAGACGCAACGCCGCCCGCAAGAUGGAGAAGAUGAGAGAGAAGAGGAAGGCAAAGUACUCGGAGAACAAACUGAAGACUCUUAAAGCCAGGAAUGAGUAUUUGCUGACGCUGGAGGCCACCAAUGCCUCCGUGUUUAAAUACUACAUCCACGACCUGCCCGACCUCAUAGACUGUUGUGACCUAGGGUACCACUCCAGUCUGAGUCGGGCUCUGAGGACCUACCUAUCAGCCGAACUGAGCCUUGAAGCCUCCAGGAGGGCGGGUCUGGAGGUUCUGGAGGGAGCCGUGGAGGGCCUGGACCCCGCUCGCGACAGGCAGCGCCUGCUGGGCCUCUACCCCACUGCCUUCUGCCCCCCACAGCGCUUUGGCUUCCAGGCCCACAUGGGUGAUACAGUGACGCAGAUCACCUCCCAGCUGCAGGUCCAGGCUGAGCUUACCCUGCGCCUCACGCAGCUCCAGACCCGCCUGGCGUCGCUGAAGAUAGAGAACGAAGAGGUGAAGAAGACCUGGGGUGCAACUCUGACCACCCUGCAGGACAUGACGGUGCUGGAUGACUAUGACGUCUCCCAGAGCUUCACCCACAGCCCAUCCUCCGAGUCGGUCAAGUCCAGCGUGUCGGACGGCUACUUGAACAAACCGAGUCUGGCCAAGAGACGGGCCAACCAGCAGGAGACGGAGCUCUUCUACUUCACAAAAUUCCGUGAGUAUCUGGAGGGCAGUAAUCUCAUUUCCAAACUCCAGGCAAAGCACGACAUACUGAAGAAAGCCUUAGCGGAGGGGUAUAAAGCUGAACUGCUGACGACCAGUCGUGGGCGGAAGAACUCGCAUAGCAAGCACCAGGAUUCAACCAAAGCCAUACCCUUGCUUGUGGAGAGCUGCAUCCGCUUUAUCAACCUACACGGUCUUCAGCAUCAGGGCAUAUUCCGGGUGUCGGGGUCACAGGUGGAGGUCAAUGACAUCAAGAACUCCUUCGAGAGAGGUAACGACCCGCUGAUCGACGAGGAGAGCAACCACGACAUCAACUCAGUGGCUGGAGUGUUGAAGCUUUACUUCAGGGGGCUGGAGAAUCCGCUGUUUCCUAAGGAAAGGUUUAAUGACCUCAUCUCCUGCGUCCGAAUCGAGAACCUGUACGAGAGAGCACAGUGCAUCCGUAAGAUCCUGCUGGGCGUCCCGAGGGGGACGCUGGUGGUGAUGCGCUACCUGUUUGCCUUCCUCAACCACCUUUCCCAGUACAGUGAUGAGAACAUGAUGGAUGCUGGGAACCUGGCCAUUGUGUUUGGCCCCACCCUCCUGCCCACGCCUGACACACUGGACCAGGUGGCCUGUCAGGCGCACGUCAAUGAGGUCAUCAAAACGGUCAUCCUGCACCAUGACAACAUCUUCCCAGACAUCAAGGAGCUGCCGGGACCAGUAUAUGAGAAGUGUAUGACUGGAGACCAGUACUGCGAGAGUCCGUUCAGCGAGCCGGGAGCGUUGGAGGAGACCGAGCCCGACGCUGGCACUGAGACCCAGACCAGCGAUGAGGAGGGCGAGGCUAUGGAGGCGGUGGCCAGGUUCGACUACGUGGGCCGGUCAGGUCGCGAGCUCUCCUUCAAGAAGGGAGCGUCCCUGCAGCUCUUCCAGCGAGCAUCACAUGACUGGUGGGAGGGGCAACACAAUGGCAACCACGGCCUGGUGCCGCAUCAGUACAUCCUGGUGAAGGACAGGGCUGACGCCAUGUCUGAUACACUCAGUCAGAAGGCGGCGGAUAGCGAUGGAGGAAGCAGCAGCACAGAUGACAAGAGGUCCAGGAGCGAGCUGAGCUCCCCCACCGACAUCAGACCGCCUGAGACCUAUAACAGGAGAAAGCGAACUGAUGGUCUAUUCCGCCGCCCCCUCGGCCGCUCUAAUGACACCCACGGGAACGGGGGCCUGAUGGAGCGAAGCUCUCCGCCGGUGACGGGUCACUUCAGUCCCAGGGAGCUGCUGCUGGGACGGGGCCAAGGUUUGACCCCGCCCCUUGACAGCCCGGAGCACCGCCGCCGCUCCACUGCUGCUGUGACUAUGACAGUGAGCCGACACGAUUCGCUGCGAAGGCCAGAGGACACGCCCAUCCGGCGUUCCAGCAGUGGGCAGCAUGGCUUCAGUGAUUCUCAUCGAUCCAGAGUGUUGGACCCCGACACGCUGGCACAGGAUAUCGAGGAGACGGUGACUGUGGCCCUGGGGGAGCUGCGGCAGCUGGACGGCUGCCGGCCGGCUCCCGACGUGGUGCUGGACACUCUGGAGCAGGUGAAGAACGGCCCUGUGACCACCUGCUCCUCUGAGUCUCUCUGCCCCCACAGCACCCCCAGCACUCCGGGCACACCGGGCACCCCCGGAACCCCUGGCACCCCGAGCCCCCUCAGUCCUCUGAGCCCGAUCAGCCCGCUCCCUGGACCUACGCCGGGUCCUCCCAGACCGGCCAACCCUUCCCCUGACACCCUGGGCUCCUUCAAGCCUGUGGCAGCUGCCCGCAUCGGGGCUCCGCUACGGCCCCCUGCCCUGAGGCCCAAACCUAUGGUCCCACCCAAGAGCAGCACCCCACCUCUGCCCUCACUGCUGGACAAAUCCUGCACCAUGUGAGCCAAACCAGGCCGAUAAAAGGCAGAAUCAGGCCCGCCCAGGCCAAAAAUGGGCCAAGAGGAGAUCAGGGUACCGUUCAAUGUUUAUAAUCAACAAGGGUAGAAACGAUAGGAAAGACAAAGGGUUUUAAUGUAGUACUAUAAUAUAAGACAUGACCUAUGAUAUGAUAUGCCAUGAUAUUUGUGUCGUCAGGUUGAUGUGUACUCUCUUGGUGUGUAGGAGUUUACUUUCUCCAUGUAUUGAAGCAUUUAUCAAAGGUUAGCUAAAAGAAGUGCUGAUACAGAGAUAGCGGAGCGAGCGCAGACACAGCAUCCUGUGCUGUACAUGAGUCCAUAGUCAGAGAGCCGUGGGGAGUGUAGCUCAGCUCCAGUAAAGUGUCGUUUCAGUGACGUGAAUGUUGGCUGUGCUGUCAUGAAGAUAGGCCUGCGCUGGCUGGAAGGCUGCUCUUUUCUGAAAACUGUCACCAUCGACUGCUGUAUCUGUAACGAGUGACCUGACUGGUUAGAGGAGGACACGGCAGAGGGAAGGCAUCACUGGUUCAACAAUGUCUGUGUGAUUUAUACUUUAUUUUUUUAUUUUUCACUUGGUUCAGCUGCUAAGCUCACUCAAACCUCAAACCACGAAACGCCUCUUGAGGUCACCAGUGACACCAAACUCAUGUUAUUUAACCAACGUCCAGCUAUUUAAUGAAUGUUUCUAGUAUUUAACGACUGUUCAGCCAUUUAUUGAAUGUUCAGUGAGAUGUCGUGGCAACUCACUAAACUUUAUAUCAGCCUUUUUGUGUUUUUGGAGGGGAAACCCACACCCAGAUCGGAGCUUCAAAUAGGGUGGGACCGUUGAGUGGUGGAGGGAGCUUGGACAGAACUUUUUCUGGGAGUGGGUGUAUAAUUUCGUUCUUGUUGAGUGCGUGACUGUGUGUGUCCCGCUUGGCUGCCCUUGUUCUGCUCCCUUUGUAAGUGCAGAAGCACUAGCAUAGUGAUAGAUGAAUCAUGCCUGCCUUGAGUGCCAGAACACGCAAGUGCAAGUUGGGAAGAUGAGUGUGACAAGCAUGCCACUUCCUGUAUAUCUCUGUGUGUGUAUGCCGAGUAUGCGUGUCAAAAUAAUGGUUUACCUGCUUGUUACACUGAAGUCACUAGUUAACCUUAAAUUCACAAUAAGCUAACAGGGUGGGGCUCUGUGUGUAAACGCCCACAAACAGCACAGUGAAUGUGGCCUCCGAGCGGGCUGGUAACUGAUGAGUGAGAGCUGACGUGCAGAGAUGGGCUAUGGAUGCACAUCUGUGUGUGAAUGUGUUUGUGAAAGUGCCUUUUUUUUAAUCCUUGUAUUUUUGGGGGGGGGGUGUGAAUCCACUCACGCAUGUCCUGAACGAAGAGCAGCAGCACUCUGAAUGAAAUAAUCAUAAAGUGUUUAGUAGAUUCCUGAAUUAUGAAUUCUAGCAUUAACUCAUUGUGACAUUGCACUUUGAUGUAUAGGAUUGUGUACUUGGCAUGUAGCAUCAUGACACAUUGGUGCGUUUUAACUCAAAGGGCGGUUCCUUGAAUGUGUUUGAUAAUAAAGGAAAUGGUUUUUGUC